AGGAGCCAGCGUCGCGCGGGCCUGGCCGGCUGGCAGGGGACUGACUUCUGCGCCUCCGCCGCCCUGGGGCACAGACAUGGCCCAGGAGCGUCCCGCCUGCGCCCUGGAGCCCGAGCUCGUCCAGCGGCUGCUGCUCUCCUGCCGGGAGGCCAAGAAGUCCGCUUACUGUCCCUACAGUCACUUCCCCGUGGGCGCCGCGCUCCUCACUCGGGACGGGAGGAUCUUCUCCGGGUGCAACAUUGAAAACGUCUGCUACCCAAUGGGCAUCUGUGCAGAGCGAACCGCCAUCCAGAAGGCUAUCUCAGAAGGGCACAGGGAGUUCAGGGCAAUUGCUAUCUCUAGUGACCUCCAGGAUGAUUUUAUCUCACCAUGUGGAGCCUGUAGGCAAGUCAUGAGAGAGGCCUGCCAACCAGCCACGGUUAGCAGAACUCCCUUCCCAAAUUCAGCUGAAAAUGCCACCAUAAAGGCACUGAGUUCACAAUAUGGACGUCAUCGCCAUAUUGGGGGCGGGGGGGCGGAUAGAGGGGCAGAAAUGGCUGCCCAGCACCUUGUCAUGUCCAAGGCCAUGGAAGGAAACCACAUCAGGAUGCCAGCCCCCUGGCUCCCGAGGCCCCAGCUGGGUCCAAUUGCUCAUUGCUGUUUUCUCCAAACAGAGUAGAUGUUGGCAAACGAGAGAAGGCGGAUGAAAAAGCCGAAAGGAGGGAGAGGCAAAACUGAAACCAAAUUGCAAGUAACAAGAGAGGAAGCUCGGGGGCCGGGGACCUGGUGCUUAGAGUGGCACUGCUCGGCUUUUCAGGCAGAACCUGCCAAGCAGAUAAAUCGCCUUCUUUAAAGCAUUAAUUAAAAAAAAAAAAAAAAAAAAAAAAUCCAGGGGUACCUGGGUGGCUCAGUCGGUUAAGUGUCCGACUCUGGGUUUCGACUCAGCUCGUGAUCCCGCGAUUUUGUGGGUUUGUGCCCUGCGUCAGGCUGUGUGCUGACAGGGCAGAGCCUGCUUGGGAUUCUCUGUCUCCCUCUCUCUCCACCCCUCCCCUGCUUGCUCUGUCAAAAUGAAUAAAUGAACAUAUAAAAAACAAAAACAAAACGCCGAAGACUGAUGUGCCUGGAAAUGAUGUAGUGGUUCGGACAGAAGCACAGUAGAGCUGCAGAGCUGAGCGGUCACGAACAGCCAAGUAACCAGUAAGAACGGCUUCCAUUAACUGAGCACCUACUGUGUGCCGGGCACCGUGUACAGGUGCCUUCCACCCAUGGUAACACGACAGCCAGGCUGAGCCCCAGUUUGUUGAGGCCAACUUCGGGGCUCUGCAUCACACACCGCCGUCUUCCUGCCUGAUACGUUCCUCGGUUCUCAAAGUCAUUUCACAGAUCAAGACACGGAGCCCCGGGGAGUUUAAUCAUUUGCCCAAGAUCAAACGGCAAGCAGGUGGUAGCUCCUGGGAGUGGGAGAGACCAGGGCUGGGGGGGCAGAUUUGGGUUAAAAUUUUUAGUUUACUGGUUUUGCCCUGCUAAGCCUAAAAUGGGAAUCGUAAUAGCACCUACCCAGGGGCGCCUGGGUAACCCGGUCAUUUAAGCUUCUGACUUCUGCUCAGGUCAUGAUCUCACAGUUCGUGGGUUCGAGCCCCGCGUCUUUCCCUCUCUCUCUCUCUCUCUCUCUGCCCCUCCCCCACUUGCACUUUCUCUCCCUCUCAAAAAUAAAUAAAUAAACUUUAAGGAAAAAAAAUAACACCUGCCUCCAAGGGCAGAGAGCGAAAUCACACGUGGGCAAUAUCUGGUGUGUGGUGAGGCAGGCAGGCAUCUGCUCGUGCUUGUGAAGAGAAGGUGCUUUAAGGAAGCAGAUCUUAGCUGUUGUUUGUCACAGCAGGUGCAGGUCUGGCCCUGGAGGUUAGAUGUUGUUCCUCUGAAGCCCUGGGUGGGUCUCAUCAUAGAACAGAUCACUGGUUGCCCUUCAACAAGGUGCUGAGCACUUCUAACUGCUCGACAGAUAUUCUCUUGGUGGCUCCUUCCUCAAGCUCGCUGGGCCAGGUAUGAGUAUUGCCAUCCCCAUUUUACAGAUGAGAAAACUGAGGCACAGAGAGGAACGUUAGACAGAGGUGGAGCCAGACUCAAAUCCAGGUCAGUCCCAGCCCCUCGGUCAUGCUGCCUCCCUCACGCUGGCUUUGCCUCUU